AUGGAAGCAGCGAAGAAGGCAGCCAAAUCUGAGCGCGAUAGUAUGGAAAAAUCAUUACGACCGGAAUUAGCUGCCGCGAAGAAACUUGCGGAGGACGCAGAACGCGCCGCGAAGCGAGAGCUCGUGACAGCUCUACGCGAGGCGGAGCUGCAGGCUAAGAACGAUCUUCGAGAGCAAGCCAAGAGGCUUGCUGAGGAGCGAUCCAAGUCCGAGGCAAGAAUUCGCGAGACUUCAAAGAUGGCAACCGACAAGCUCAAGGCGAGGAUCGCCAACUUUGAGAAAAUGCUCGAUGAACGCGAAGCAGACAUUGAGGCGAGGUUUAACGCUCAAUUUGAUAAGCUCGUGGUUGAUUUCCGCCGAGAGGUUGAGAAACUUCAGAGGCAAAUUCAAGAUGCCGAGGCUCGUGCCGAUGAAAUCGCCGCUUCCAAGCCGAGUCAAGCACAGGCACCACAAGUCAUCGAAAAGAUCGUCGAAGUCGAAAAGAUCGUCGAAGUCGAAAAGAUCGUCGAGAAGAGUGUGGAAAAGGACAACUCCAGUAAAAGGCCAGCGAAUUCUUCCAGGGAUGAUUUAGCCAAGGACAUUGCCAAGUCGCAAGAUUCUCUCGCUACGCUUCGAGCUCGAAGCGAAGCGGACAUCGCUGAACUUCGCGCGACGUACGAGGAACGUCUAAAGAAAGCAAUUGAAGAGAAGGACGCGGCGCUCAAGGAGGCGCGUCAGGAGGCGCUCAGUUUCAUUGCUCAGGAAAAGACCAAGACCGAAGAGACGAUGAAGAUGCAGAUUAGCGAGCGCGAGCGCCAACUCGUUCUCGACCGCAAAUCGCUCGAACGCUCGUUCGAGAAGACGGCGAGCGAGCGAGACGCGUAUGCAAGAGAGAUAAAAAUUCUCAAGGCUUCUCUCACCGAGGCCAAGCGACGACUCAGAGAAUUCGUCGAUCUCAGCGACGAAGAGCUCAAAGUUUUACAACAAUCCAAAAAGGUUGCUGGUGAGCUUGACUUCAUAAAAAGGAACUACGCCCGUUCACUGGGUGUGGAUGUCCAAUCCAUCGACGAAGAAGAAGACGAAGAUGCGCGGCAGGAUAGACGCGCAGCGCCGCCGCCAAGCAAGUCCGCUGGCGAUUACUUCAAGCAACUCUUGGACAUGACCAAGUCCAACACCGAUAAUUCGUCGUGA